AUGUUUGGGGGUAAGCCACGACCUAAGACGGCUCUGAAGGCGGCUAUUACCGCUGCUCUGACAGCAGAAGAUAUUGGCAACGGAAGCGUCUCCGAGCUGAAGGAGAGCGGUAGCGAUAGCGCUAGCACUGGCAAUUGCAGUGGCGCAGGCUUUGAUGCAAACGGCUACGGAAGAAUAGACUGGAUAGGAUCUGGAAACAUCAACAGCAACAGCCACAGCAACGGAAAUAUAAGCGGAAGCAGCAGAGUGUCUAAGGAAAGGAAGACGAUCGACAACAUAAUUGUUGGGAACGCCGACCGAAACAGAAACGACAACUGGAACGGAAACAGCGGAAGCGUUGACGGCGGAAACGGCAACAACGGCAUCUCUUCAUGCGGUAUCUUUAAUCGCAUUUUUACCCGAGGCGAUCGGCUGCUCCGUCGCUGGCUGCCUGGCUACAAUUAUCUGCGCGACGGCAGCGGAAAUCGCACCUCAGACACAGCUGAAAAUGAGUCCGGAAACGAGUCCACAAGUGCGGAGGUCACCAACGAGCAGCCGACUGAGCUGGCUGAGCUGGCUGAGGCGCAGGGGUCGACUACUACGGUUCGUGGUCAUUGGAACAAAUGGCUGUCCAAUGACAUCUACCUAAGCGUGGGCAUCACCCGAGCCGAGUUCAGCGCCCAUCUGGAAAGCAUCCUGAAGAAGAGGAUGUUCCAAGAACGCAAGAAGGCAGCACUAGCCAUGCCGCAUCAGUAG